UCAUUAAUGAUGCACUGUGGGAUUGCAGAAUAUUGACAUAGCAACCAGGCGACAGAGCCACCGAGUGUUUUUCCUCUCCGUGUUACUUUCAGCUGUCUCUUCUGCCUUCGAGCUCUGUAGAUUUACUUCCGACGGCUGCCAUGAACGGAGCGGUGGUAAAAAAGACCCAGGACUCGCUGGGCAGAGUGAUAAAGAAACCGCCUCUCACGGAGAAACUGCUCAGCAAGCCGCCGUUUCGAUACCUACACGACAUCUUCAGCGAGGUCAUAAGGACCACAGGUUUUAUGAAAGGUCUCUAUGUAGAAAAUGAAAUGAAGUCUGAUAAUGUUAAGGACAAGGACUCAAAGAUAGUCUUCCUCCAGAAAGCAAUAGAUGUCGUGAUGCUUGUGAGUGGCGAGCCCCUGGCGGCAAAGCCAGCACGCAUUGUUGCCGGCCAUGAGCCCGAGAAAACCAAUGAGCUGCUGCAGACCAUAGCCAAGUGCUGCCUUAACAAGAUGUCCAGUGAUGAUGCAGUGAAGCGAGUCCUUGCAGGAGAAAAGGUGGACAUUAAGACCAAGGCCAGCACCUCCAGGUCCCAGGACAAGGAAAAUAGGGAGGGGCAUGAACGUCACCUGGAUAGAGAGGAGAAGAAAAAGAUUACAGAGCGCAGCGGGACCCGGGACCAGAAGGACCCAGACCAUCCCAAAGAGCAGGAGAGCCGACGCAGAGAUGGGGAGAAAGAACACCACGGUGACACGGAGCGCUCUGACAAGCACCACCGCAGUGAACAGGACCACCACACCAAAGACCGUGACAAAGACAAGAGCCGCGACCGGGAGCGAGACAAGGAUAAAGACAAAGGACGAGCAAAAGACAGGGACAAGGAGAAGGACCGAGAGAGGGAUCGAGAAAGGGAAAAAGACAAGGAGAGAGACAAAGAAAGAGAAAAGACAAAGGAUAGAGAUUCUCACAGAGACCGUGAAAGAGACAAGGACAAACGAAGAGACAGAGACAAAGAGCGGGAGAAAGAGAGAGGACGACACAAAGAGGGGGAUGAGAGGCACAAAAACGGAGAGAGUGGCAAUAGCAAGGCCCGAGUGUCAGAGGAACCACAGCAAAAACCCAGCCCCGAAGAGCCUAGCAAAACAGCCAAACCUGUGCCAGCGGAACCUAACUCAGCUGAAGAGCCUGCAGAAGCAGUUGAAAACCAGUCUGAUAGUCCAGCUAGAAUACCUCGGCCUUCAUCUGCCAAAGGGCAGAGGCGGAGACCCAAAGUAGGAGGACAAGAUGAAUCUGACAGCGAGGGAGAUGGAGAUGUUCAGUUAGCCCAGAGACCUGCCCCCUACGAAAAUGGAGACACUGCAGGCUCCUCAGUGCCACCAGACAUGGCCCCCAGCAACAGGCGAAUACCACGACCCAGCAGUGCUCGCCCAGCACCUCCUCGAGUCAAGAGGCAGGAAAGUUACAGUGACGUGACCCCAGCUGAGAGGCUGUCCAGUGCCAAGCCCUCAGCACCAGUCAUCAUGGAUGGGAAGAGGCUAUCUGAGGAUGAGGAGGAUGAAGAUGAGCAAUUUGUUGUGGAGGAGGCGGUACCUCCACCUACAGAUGCUCCUGAGAUGGAGGUGGAACCUGCACAAGAACUUGACAGUGAAGACAAACAUGGUGGCCUUGUGAAAAAGAUCCUUGAGACCAAGAAAGACUAUGAAUUGUCCCCAUCCACCCCCAAAUCUAAAGAACAGAACGUGGUGUCUGAAGCAGCGCGGAAGAAAGAGCGGGACAUGGUGACGCGGGAGAUAGAGAGGCUCCGCUCAUCCAUCCAGACGGUGUGCCGAAGCACCCUGCCUUUGGGAAAGAUCAUGGACUACAUACAGGAGGACAUGGACGCCAUGCAGGCUGAACUGAACACCUGGCGGCGGGAGAACAAAGAGCACGCACAAGCCUUGCUGCAGGAGCAGAGAGCGACAGACAGGGCAGUGGAGCCUCUUAAAGUAGAACUAGCUGAGCUGGAGCAGCUGAUCAAGGACCAGCAAGACAAGAUUUGCGCCGUAAGGUCCAACAUACUGAAGAAUGAAGAGAAGAUCCAGAAGAUGGUGACUGGAAUCAACUUCAGCUCCAGAACCUGAAGUGAGGAGAAAAACAAGGUCUGCAAAUAAAAACUUUCCUAAAAAAUGCACUGAAGAUCUAGGGAUGGAACUGUUUCUUGUUCAGAACAAUGGUAAGACCAUUUUCCUUGGAGAUGGGACCAAAUACUGCACUUUUAGGGUUUUUGUCAGAAAAGGAGAUGGACCCAAACUUAAGUCAGAUAAAAGCUCCAUAUGAUGAUUUGGAGGUCUGACUCUAUUCCAACAUCUGCUGUGACAGUCAGAUAAAUAAAUGAUGAAAUAAAAAAUAUCUUCCUGCUCUGCACAAAAAACUUACUUGAGGUUUUACCGCUUUUCUGUAAUUGUGCCUUUGUGGAAUGAGCCAGUGCACAGCUCAUGACUUGGAAGUUAGACUAGAUAGUUGUAUUUAAUGCCUGAUGAGCUCAUCAAGAGCCCUCUAUAUUCCAAAUUGAACAAUAAGUAACAUUAAAGUUUAAUUUGCUGUACAAUCAGCAAGCACUGGACCAAAUUUUAAAUCCUUGUUUUUUAAUUAACCUUUUUAAAAAGUUCUUUAGAGUGUGGCACAUGUUGAUUCACUUUUUGUUUCUCCUGGUUGUGAGAACUUUGGACUUGGCCACUGUGGUACAUAGGACGUGAAGUUAGAUUUAAGUAGUGAGCAGGCUUGUGAUCUGGUUCUUUUGCUUUUUUCCAUGCUGAUUAAUGCAGUAAUUAAAUAUUAUACAGUAGGAAAGUUCAAAUACAUUUUCUAGGGCUUGCAUAGAGAAAUCUAGAACAUGUGGGGAGUCCUGAUGGCCUAAUUGAUUGACUGUGGUUUUAAUUUGUCCUUGGACCUUUCCCAUCAUACAGAUCUUUUCUUUUUCUAAAGAUAAGCAACUGUUUCCUGUGCAGACAACAACCUUAUCCCAUCUUGUAAAGUUUAUCUGUUUCACUCUUCCACCUUUUAAGCACCGCUGCACUUUGAUAAGAGUGAUUAAGAAAGAUACCUUCAAGUUGCUUAGAAAAAAGCUUUUUGGCAGCAAAGCAGUGUAAUAAGUCUUUCUUCUGUCUCUUAUACCUGUCUUAUAAAACACAACAUAGGCACACAGAUUUAAUGUACUUUCAGGGAAACGUAAGCAAAUGUCCAUUCUCCUUGUAGUGAGCAUGCAGGAUAGCUGCCAUCAUGGAGGUCCCUCCAGUCUACUGUAGGAUUUGCCAAACUGUUUCUUCUUUUUUUGGGAUGGAGGCAAUGUUUGGUCAGAUGGUAACUUUUUGUUUGAACUUCCUUAUAAUAAAAAAAAUAGUAAGACAAUAUUUUACUAACUGCUUUUGUGACUUUAAUAAAUGUGAUUUACAGAUGUAGCUAGUAUAUGAAAAUAUGAAGCAAUACUAGGCUGAUAAUUGCAGAAGGAGGCUGGUAGAGACAUGAGAGUAACCACUGUCCCAGUUCGAAAUAUUUUCUGAUAUUCAUCUCGCUGUAAUGUGAGUGAAAAUAACAAAACAAGAGCGGACUAGUCAGUCGUGAUCCCAUGCAUAGUGGCCUGUCUCACCCUGAAAAUGCAGUUACCAUAUUUGAGUUAUAGUACCAAUGUAAUUCAUUUUACAUUGCUGUUACUACUUAUACAGGAGCAGUUGCUACUUCUGUCAGAUUUGUCUCCCAGAAGAUACACUGUAGACUGCCAGUGUCUACAGGAAAUUAUAAAAGAACACUUGCUGUGACGUCCUGUUCAGAUCAAUGAAUGUAAUCCACGAUUGUAAAUAAUGUUUUGUUUAUUGUUUUUUUUUUUUUAUAUAAUGCCCGUUGUAUCAAAAUUAGUUAUAUACUAGAGAGCUAGACUCUAUAUUUUCUUGAAAGACCUCCAAAACAUAUACUUUCUGUCCCAACACAGUUUCCACUUCCAUUGCCUCGUCAGAAUAUUUGGUUACAAAUAGGAUAUAGUUGGCACAACAUCUUUGUUAUGAUCUGUGACAUUACUAAUGUCAUGGCCUAAAACUCUUGGUACUACAGAGCAGAUCUUCGGCAAUAGUGAAGAAUAAAUACAGUUAGAAACGGUAAAUCUAGUAGAACGGACAGUGAGCAGAAAUGUAUACCUUCUGACUGGUAAAUUGUAUGUGUUGUUGACAUGGGCUACAGGAAAAAUAGGCAAAAUUACACUGCAUCCAUCUUUCAAAAAGGGUCACACUGCGUUGUUUUUGUGGGAAUAAUAUCUAUAUUAAUGCUUUUCAUCUGACUGAACUUUAUGAAAGCUAUUUGCUAUGAGGAUUCAGUCAAAAUGUACUCUCAUUUAGUCUGAUUUCAUUUCAUUUUCAUAUCAGUAUUAUAUUUAGUCCAUAAAAUAUACUAUUGAAAAGUCAUAUUUUAAAAUAAUAAAAGCAAAAACUCCUGGAAACGUGAGAACCUGCAUGUUCAUAUGUCUUGACAUGAAAGGACUAUUCACACUGUAAACUAUUUGUAUCAUAUCCUCUGUUUCUUUUUAAACUGUACAUUAUGUAUAUGUGGAGACUGUAUCAUAGUUCAAAUAAUUCUAUAAUUUUGUAGUGGAGUGAAAUAAAUGGUUACAUUGCAAUAAA